AUGAACAAAGCAAGACAAAGUAAAGAAUUCAAAGAGAAAGAACUUGCUUCCAAACAAAAAAACAGAGAAAAUCCAGAGAGAAAGCAGAAGGAUAGAGAAAGUAAUCUUAGAAGUAUGACCAAAGCAAGACAAAGUAAAGAAUUUAAACAGAAAGAACUUGCUUCCAAACAAAAAAACAGAGAAAAUCCAGAGAGAAAGCAGAAGGAUAGAGAAAGUAAUCUUAGAAGUAUGAACAAAGCAAGACAAAGUAAAGACUUUAAACAGAAAGAACUUGCUUCCAAACAAAAAAGCAGAGAAAAUCCAGAGAGAAAGAAGAAGGAUAGAGAAAGUAAUCUUAGAAGUAUGAACAAAGCAAGACUAAAUACAGAAUUUUGUUCUAAAGAAAGAGAAGCAAAGAAGAGAAAAAGAGACAAUGUAGAGCAGCUGGAAAAGGAACGGUUAUGUAAACAGCAAAGUAGAAGGAAUACCCGAGAAAAAGAAAGAGAAAAUGAAAGAGUUUCUAAAGCUAAAAAGAGGCUUGAUACAGAAUUUAAAGAGAAUGAAAACAAAUUGGUAAAGAAAAAGUGUCAUGGUAAUUCUUUAGAAGAUUGCAUAGAGAAAUUUCAUGAACAAGUAAAAAUUGGUCCAGUUUAUGUGUGUACAUGUUGUCAUCAGACUUGGUUUUCGAAAAGUGUUGUGAAGCUAGAUUCAACUUGUCUUAGUUCUAGUAGUAAAAGCAUCUGCACUGGAUUUAGAUCUGUGAAUGACAUUGAAUGGCUAUGUUUAACAUGUUGUUCAGCUCUGAAAGAUGAGAAAAUUCCAAAACUUUCAGUUAAAAAUGGAAUGAAAUGGCCUGAAAAACCAGAUGCUUUGAAUUUACACCCACUAGAAGAGAGAUUUAUAUCUCAACGAAUACCAUUUAUGCAAAUUAGAGAAUUACCAAGAGGAGGUCAGAUGUCAGUCAAAGGAAAUAUUGUAAAUGUACCAGUUGAUAUUCAGCCAACUGUUAAUGCCCUUCCACGACAAAUGGAUGAACAUGUGACUAUAGCUGUGAAAUUAAAGAAGAGAUUAUCUCACAAGUCAGCAUGCUUCACAGAAAAUGUUCGACCAAAUGUUGUGAUAAAUGCUUUACAAUGGCUUAUGAAAAAUUCUGAAUUGUAUAAGAAUUCAGGUAUAGAGAUAGACCAUUCUUGGAAAGACGAAAUCGAAAAAAGUAAUGAGGAAACUGUACAAGAACUGACAGGAUCUUCAAAUGAUAGCGAUGAUCGUGAAACUGAAGGUAAUGAUGAUGGUUUUUGUGAAGUUACUUCAGAUGUCUGUAUUCAAGGCAAUUCUGAUACACUUGUUGAUGAAGCAGACAUUGAUACAAAUAAACUUUAUGUGUUUGCUCCUGGAGAAAAUCAAAAACCAGUAAGUUUGUUUACAGAUAAAGAUGCAGAAUAUCUCUGUUUUCCGACAAUAUUUUGUGGUCAUCGUAGAACUGAGAGUGAGGAAAGAGAAGUUCCAGUACACUACAGUGAUAUUGCAAAAUGGGAAUUGCGCAGUGUUGAUAGACGAGCAGCACAAUCUGUACCCAACAUCUUUUUCAAAUUGAAGAAAAUUCAAAUUAAGCAAGUUAAUGACAAAGUAAACUUGGCACUGAGAAGAUGUAAAUCAGAGGGCAAAAAAAUCACUGCAGAACGAGUUUUGAAUCCAGCCUCUGCAGAAAAAAUUGUAAGAUUAAAUGAAGGGUAUUAUAUAUUCAGAACACUUAGAAAUUCUCCUGCAUAUCUUUCAUCAAAGAAAAAGGAUGUAUUUGCCAUGAUAAGGCAGUUAGGUCUUCCAACUUGGUUUAUUUCUCUUUCAUCAGCUGAUACCAGAUGGCAAGAUUUGCUUAAAACAUUGGCAAUGCUAGAUGGAAAAUCCAUGUCACAAGAAGAAUUAGAAACUAUGAGCUGGAAUGAAAAAUCAAAACUUGUAAAACAAGAUCCAGUGACAUGUGCAAGAUUCUUUGACAACAGAGUUCAACUUUUCAUCAAUACUGUUCUUAAGAGUCCUCACAAUCCUCUAGGUGUUGUCACUGAUGUGUUUCGAAGGGUAGAAUUCCAGAAUCGAGGUUCACCACAUAUUCAUAUGCUGGUAUGGACAAGUGAUGCUCCAAAGCAUAAGGAAAAUAGCAACGAGGAAAUAGAAGCUUUUGUAGAUAACUAUGUCACAUGUGGUUUGCAGGAAAAUGAUUCUCAAAUGAAGCAGCUUGUAGAGCUUCAAGUACAUAAGCACUCAAAAACUUGCAAAAAAGGUGGUAGAUCUGUAUGCAGAUUUGGAUUUCCAUUGCCACCUUUGCCCAAAACCAUGCUUCUUGAACCCUUGGAUGUUGAUGUUGAGCAUUAUAGAAAGUUGUAUUCUGAUAUUCAGAAGAAAAUGAAUGAUUACAAAGAUGGUUGCAGUUUAGACUAUGAGUCUUUCUUGGAGACUGUUGUAGAAAUGUGUCCCAAAGUGUUUCUAAGGAGAAGUCCAUCUGAAAUGAGAGUGAAUUACUACAAUCCAUCAGUGUUGAAGGCUUGGAAUGCUAACUUAGAUAUUCAGUUUGUACUCGAUCCUUAUGCCUGUGCCACAUACAUUGUUGCUUAUAUCAGCAAAUCUCAAAGAGGAAUAAGUGCUAUGCUUGAAAAGGCAUCUCAUGAAGCUGCAGAGGGAAAUAUGGAUCUUAAGCGACAAGUUCGACAUAUUGGAAACAAGUUUUUGAACUUUGUUGAGGUCAGUGCACAAGAGCAUCAAGAUGAAUUGAAUGAGUUACCAAAAGACUCAACUGACAUUAAGUCAGAUGGUAUGAUACAGAGAUAUGCAAGAAGACCAAAGCAACUAGAAAAUUGGUGUUUAGCUGAUGUUGUUUCUGAGUUGGAAGUCACUUUUCCAAAAGAAAUGGAAAAAGAUGUGCAAGAGGAAGUGAAUGACGAUGACCCUGAAAAAGAUUCUCAAGAGAACAUCUUUUCUGAUCAGGAUGUUUUAGUUCAUUUGAAAAAUGGGAUUAAGAUCAGAAGACGAAAAAACAAACGGGUUAUUCGAUACGUAGGGUACAGCCAAAAAACAAAUUCUGAACAGUCCUACAGAGAGAGAAUUCUUCUCUUUCUGCCUUGGAGAAAUGAGAAUACUGAUCUAUACGGUAGUUGUCAAACUUAUGAACAGCAUUACAAGCAAAAAGCAAGUAUAAUACAAAUGAAGCAAAGGCAAUAUGAGCAUUUUGUGGAUGAAUUAGAACAAGCUCGACUUCAAGCUGAAGAAGAUCUUGAUGAUCUUGAAACAGUAGCACCAAAUACAGAACAUGCUGAGGCAGAAGAUGCAGAGAUAGGCUGUGAACCAUCGGAGGAAUUUGUACAUUUUGAUCCUGAUACAGUUCAACAUAGAGAUUUUGAUAUAGGUCCAGACCUGGGUUUGUCCUCUAAAGUAUCUGAAACAGAAAUGAGUGCUGUACGCAUUCCUGAUGAGCAGUAUUAUAAACUUUUGCAAUCCCUGAAUACAAAGCAGAGAGAAUUUUACAAUCAUGUGACAAACUGGAUUCAAAACAGAGAUGAACCAUUAUAUGCUUUUCUUACUGGUGGAGCAGGUGCAGGAAAAUCUGUAGUUAUUGAUGCCAUUUUUCAAACAUUACACAAAAUACUUUAUUCAAAAGAAGGAGAAAAUCCAGAUGAUAUUCGAAUAUUACUUUGUGCUCACACUGGAAAAGCUGCAUACAACAUCAAAGGGACUACUAUUGCGUCAGCAUUUCACAGGAAAAUGUACCAAACACAGCAGCACAUGAGUGCAGAUGAAUUGAACUCAUUUAGGACAAAGUACCGGAAUUUGUCAAUUGUGAUAAUAGAUGAAAUUUCAAUGGUUGGAAAUAAUAUGUUGACAUUUAUAAACGAUAGACUCCAACAACUAACUGGUAGAAAACAAGACUUUGGUGGUAUUAGUAUCAUAGCUGUGGGUGAUUUAUAUCAGUUGCCACCUGUUGGAGACAAGUGGAUUUUCAAAGACCUUUCUAAUCCUGGUCAGAGUUUAGCAAAAAAUUUGUGGCAGGAGCAUUUUCAUAUGCAUGAACUAACUGAAAUUAUGAGACAAAAGGAUGACCUCCGAUUUGCAGAAAUGUUAAAUAGACUUCGUGAAAACAAGAUGACAGAUGAAGACAAUGAACUCAUUUCUCAAUGA